AUGGCCAGCUGGGUGUUCUGUAAUCUCUGUUUCCAGCCGCCGCAUAGGAAGUCGUCCUUCAGCCUGACCAGCUGUGGGCACGUGUACUGCGACUCUUGCCUCCGCAAAGGUAAAAAGGAUGAAUGCUUGAUCUGUCAAGUUCCGUGUCAUACAGUUUUACUUUCGAAACAUACUAACUCCAAUAUCCAGGCAUUCUUUCUGAGCAUAGAUGGUCUGUGUAAGAAGUAUUCCCAGGAAACCUCUCAGAUUUCAGAUUUUCAAGAAAAACACAGGAGGAGACUGGUGGCCUUCUAUCAAGAAAAGGUAAAUGAAAUAAAACUCUUUCUUCUUUAUUUGUUUGAUCUU